CUCACCGCACGAGAUGCACGGAGGCAGCUUUCUGACUUUAGCUUUGGCCCUGGCCCUUUUGCUACUAUAUCCGGGUUACAUACAGACUCAAGAGGGUAACCUCUUUCGGUGCAAUGUUCAGUACAAGUGCUCCGCCGAAAAGGAAUUGGUCUGGGCCAUGGCCGAUGAGCGGUGUCAUGUGUUCCACAAUCGGUGCCUGCUCUUGGUAGAGCAAUGCGCCCGAAAAAAUAGUGGACAAUCGGAGCUUAUCGAAUCGACCAAGGAGAUUUGCAAGCCGAAAUGUGUGAAAAAGUGUCUGGAUGCCUAUGAUCCUGUGUGUGCUCAGAUUUUCCAGGAGGAGUAUAUAACCUUUAGCAAUGAGUGUGAGAUGCGUAAUUAUAUAUGCACCAAUGAGCGACCUUACUCCUACUUUGCCAUUGGAGAAUGCGUUGAGCAACCAGCUGGAUAAAGUACUUAUUAUAACUUGUAUUAUUCUUAAUAUUCUUGGGUUUAAUCCUUUGACAUUUAGACAAUAAAAAGCAUACAUUAUA